AAUUCAACCAAACUAUAUUCACUAUUCUAUACUAGGAUCACCAAUCAUGCCUGCGCCAGAUGAUUACUGAAUAAUCCAUCGAUGUCAAGCUAGCAGUUCAACGGCUAAACUAAACACAGUGGACAAAAAAGAAUCCUAGCAACAAACACAAAUCCAUUGUCCAGCACCGUAUGAACACCAGCAGCAUACAACUUAUCUCAAGGUCAUACUAUAUUCAGCACGCAACCUCUUGCCUUAACCCAGGGCUUAAGUCCAGCUAGCGACCCAACUGCAAUUCUAUCAUGCACUUGGCGUGCAUGCGGCGCACACAUCCCCUCUCAUGCCUGCGGCUGCCUCUAAAUCCCACGUCAACCACCGGGAUCAAUGAUUCGCUUACCGGUUGCCAGCGACAUGUCGCUCGAACCAUCUCAAGACAAGCUCACCGGAAUCGGACGUUCUUUGCAGCAGCAGCAGCAGCAGCCAUGUCGUCGCCCGCCGCCGACCCUUCCGUCGACGGCCCGCCGGCGCCAAACACCAGCAGCUCCAACUUCACUCUGCUGUACAUCAUCAUCGCGGUCCUCGUCGCCGUGAUACUCUACAUGGCCAUCCGCUACGGCCGGUCGGUGCUGGCCGAGUGGCGCCAGCUCCAGGCGGGCGGCCACGGCGCGACGUCGUCCGGGACGACGGGGCUGGGGCUCAGCGUGGACGACAUCGCCGCGCUGCCCACGUUCACGUACCGCGCGUGGGCCGCGUCGGCGUCGCCGUCGCCGCUCGGCGGCAGGAGGAGGAGCGGCAGCAAGGGGAGGGCGGUGGAGUGCGUGGUGUGCCUGCAGGAGCUGGAGGACGGCGACGUCGUGCGCGUGCUGCCCCCGUGCCGCCACUUCUUCCACGGCCGAUGCAUCGACGCCUGGCUGUGCGCGCACUCGUCGUGCCCGGUGUGCCGCGCGCACCUGGAGCCCGAGCGCGCGCGGCUGAUGGAGGGGCUCGUGUCCCCGCCGCUGCCGCAGCUGCGCCGUUGCGGCGUGUCGCCGGAGCGGCCCACGGCGUCGAGGGUCCUGGCGGAUAUCUUGGCGCGGUCGCCGUUGAGGAGCAGCUGCUCGACGAGCGGGUCCAAGGAGAUGAUCGUGUCCAAGUCACCAUCGCCGAGGCCUCACUUUGGUUCCAGGUCUCCGUCUCCAACCCCGCCGGUGUACGCCGGGGUGUGCGAUAGGUGCUCGAAUUCAUCGCCGCCGGGGGUGUCCGAAAUUGUUGUUGUCCCAUCCAAGUCGCCGUCGCCGAUGAGGUUCAGCACCAGCAGGCAGUUGUCGGCGGUGGACAUUGGAACAUUGGAAAGCAUAGAGGUGAUCACGCCAGCAUCACCGUCACCGGUGCUAAUUAGAGAGGACGGUGGUGGUUCGCUGUCGAAGUCGAAGUCACCAUCCCCGUCGCCACAUUGAAUAUCGUAAUUGGUAGUUGCUAAAGCAUGAACACUUGAAUAGGCUUGCGAUGCAUCUGAUAUUUGAUUCUUUUUCUAUGUAUUUGUCCUCCUUUAUGAAAAAACAAAAGGUUUCCUGAUUCUCAAA